GAUCAUUCCUUUGUCAGUGGGCAAACUUACAAAAUCAGCAGGGGAUCAAAUACUUUUUUUCCCUCACUGUACCUCUCUUCUCUAGAAAUACAUGUUCAAACUUUCCCAAAUCUCGUGAAACGUGCGCUUGGAAUUUAGAAAUCAGUUUGAUCUGGAAGCUGGAAAGUAUGGCAUUGUAAUAUGUCUAUGUUCAUUCUCUCCAUGGGAACUUGCUGAAGAGCAGCUUUUAUGGUUCGUUCGUAAAGAGUUCAGAUGGCGAAAUGUUAAAAAAACAAGUACAAUAGGUUUAUGAUGAUGAGCCAUCGUAAAAAGCACUCAGCUUUGUAGGUACAUAUGGGUUGGGUAAGAAACAAGGAUUUUGCGUAACGUGAAGUAGAGCGGAUGGCCUUGUCGAGGGGACAUUUGUGGACAUCUGAAGGACCAGAGUAGUGCCUGAGUCGCCCCCAAAAUAGAGCCUGCAAUCAGCUGGAAGGUAAAUCGAUAAACUCAGUUCUUGCGUGAUUAUAAGAUGAAUUGCAGCCGCACAGUGUAACAAGUGCCAUGGUCAGCAGAAGCCAUAUUUGGGUGGUGCAGAAGGCUUUAUAUAGUAAAACUAAGAGGGCAGCCCAUGCGAUGGACAGGUAACAUGAUACCUGACCCUUGUAAAAAACACAUUUACCACUCACCUGAUACUUAUCAGUCAUCAGCUCACCUGUCUCUCACUAGUUUACACAAUAUGGUAGAAAGCCGUUGAGAUUGGUUGGUUCCCCUCGCCCCUGCACACAUCUUCCCCAAUGAUGCACACAUCAUUCCCGGUGAUAUAUACCUGUCCGUUAUAUAAUUUUGAAAAGGGUCUUUCUUCACAUGCUUGGGUAUUCUAAAUGGUAGACCUGACAGUGCCAAGGCCGAUCAGCCAAAUAACGGGAUCACAGGUCGAAAUUUUUCCAUCAAUUUGAUCUAAUUUGUAUAAACUAUAUAUGAGAUUUCGUUUAAAUUGGUAGUGGUCUAGGAGGAGUUCUUUGGAGAAAGAUACAUUAUUACAUAUGUACAUGCGUGCAGAUGAGCCGCAUAUAUAGACCAGUGUUCUUCAUUGCAAGGCCUGCGAGCCACUGGUGGCCCCUGGUGGCCUUUAGUGCGGCUCCUGACGUGUGGCCCCUGACAAUACACAAAUUUGAAAACACCCCAUCAUCACUGUGCUGUCUAACCCCAAUGGUUUCGAAUGUGCGGUGGCCCUCACACUGAUGUCUUAUCGGUGACAGUGGCCCCCCCUCUGAAACUUGGUGAAGAACACUAAUAUAGACACAAAUUAGUAUGUAACUUAUACAUGAGUUUAAAAAAAAAAGUUUAUGGUUAACAUACCAAUGAAAACAAUUUGCUAACAUAGCUUUCUCUGAGCUGAAUUCCAAAUUGACUUUGAUCAGACCUGUCCCGAGGCUUCCACGCUUGCCUCGGUUCCCUGCCCAUGUCACACUUAUUCAAUGUCUCAUGAAGCACUCGGCUAUGCAGAGACCUUAAUUGAAAAAAAAACUCUGGCCGUGCUAAUUCCGGCAAUGAGAAGUGAUGAGGCUCGGGGCCACAGCACUGCCAGGCCCCCUGCUUUGUUUGGAGAGAGUCACGCAUCGGCACGCGUGAUUCCGAUCGACCCCCUCCACUCCCCAGCUGUGGGGGAAGGGCGGGUAGCGGUAGUAGUUCGGAUGGCCGCUGCCCGAUAAUUAACGACUACAGCCCUUGGGUAACGUGUGUGGAGCCAAGUGGCUGUGGCUGCCGACCCCGCUGGGUUAGGGAGGGAUUUUGCCGAGUGAUAGCAACCCUAAAGCUGACCGCUAACAGGUUUGCCACCUGCUGCUGUCGGAGGCUCCAGGGAGACCAGCAGAGGCAGAGAGCGCUCGAGUUACCCCCCCUUGUGCAUGCACAGGCUGUGUAGAGAUGAGAGCAGACUGGGGAGUGCUGUGUGUCUGUAUGUCUGAAUGAGUGGGUGGGUAUAUGUUUUAGGAGGAGGGUGGGGGAGUGCGUGGGAUUGUGCGAUGUCUGAGGUCUGGUUGUGCCAGCUGACGUCAAAGGCACCCCACGCCCCCCCCCCACCGCCUCUGUUACGAUUCAUAGCCACUGACAUGCUCAGUCGUCAUUGCGCUCUUAACGCGCUGGCGGGAGAGACGCUUGCGUUGGUACCCUUUUCACCGGUCCACAUUUCCAGCGUUACCGCGCAUUCGGGGAAAGCACAAAAGAGCAAAGGCGUGCGUCUGAAAGGUUAAAGCUGCCUCCGCAGCCCAGAGGCAGAAGAGAGAGGACAUUGCAGCAAUACGAGUGGGCUGUCCCUUCAUAGGUGGAGCUGUAAUACAAAUUAAAUUAAUCAUCAGCUAGAGGGAGUUGUGGGAGGAUUAUUUAAACGGAGCAAGCCAAAACUGACAUCGCUUCAAGAUAAAACUCUGCUUCAAGAUAAAACUCUGCUUCGUGUAGCAAGAAAUAACUUCCCGUACCAGGAGCACGGCAAAAGGCUGAUGAUAAAAAAAACAUUUGAAAACCAUUAUUAAGAACAACGGUCAGGGACAGCUAGAAAGGUGACGACCGUAUUUUCAAGCACAGGAAGCGCUGCUGGUUGGCAUUUAACGACUGUCGGUGGAGAUUAUCAAGUUAAUAGAGGAAGGUUGGAAGGGAUAGCCAACGGCUCGAUAUAAAAAAGCCCACUGUGGCCAAAGCGAGACGAACAUGCCGGUCAGCUGAAAAAAACGGGACGAUUCGUAAUCCGAGUGGAGCUUGGUGCCACCUGCGCAGUCGGGGCCAGAUGUUUGUUAAGCAGACAACGCUCAAGAACUGGGAGGUGGAGGCAACAGAAAGUGGGGACGAGGAGCCCAGCACGAAGAAGGUGAGGCCCCUCUCCCGCGUCGCCUCGCUGGCCAACCUCAUCACCCCCGUCAAGGCUGGCACGGUCAAGCGGAUCGGCCAGACCCUGCAGCGGUCCAUCAGCUUCCGUAGCGAGAACCAGGCGCCUACUUGCUCAGUACGGCCGUACAGCAAGCACGUGGCCCCCACACCGCCGAAGCGGCGCAACAGCCGCCUGUGGAGCGAGACGUACGAUGCUGGCGCGCACGAGGCAUUCUCGCGCAGCGAGAUCAAGCGGCAGGAGGCCAUUUUUGAGCUGGCCCAAGGGGAGCAGGAUUUGAUUGAAGAUCUCAAGCUGGCAAAGAAGGCCUACAGAGACCCCAUGCUCAAGCUGUCCAUUAUGACGGCGGUGGAACUCGCGCAGAUAUUCGGGGCUCUCGACUCUCUAAUCCCACUGCACGAAGACCUGCUCACCGGGCUGCAGAAGGCACGCAAGCCCAACGGUGCCACGGAGCGCGUGGGGCACAUCCUGGUGGAGUGGUUGCCGUGCCUCAACGCGUACACGUGCUACUGCGCCAACCAGGUGGCGGCGAAGGCGCUGCUCGACCAGAAGAAGCAGGACCCGCGCGUGCAGGACUUCCUGCAGCGGUGCCUCGAGUCGCCCUUCAGCCGCAAGCUGGAGCUGUGGAGCUUCCUGGACGUGCCGCGCUCGCGGCUCGUCAAGUACCCGCUGCUGCUGCGCGAGAUCCUGCGCCACACGCCCAACGAGCACCCGGACCAGCAGUGCCUGGAGGAAGCGAUCUCCAUCAUCCAGGGCGUGGUCGCCGACGUGAACACGCGCACGGGCGAGUCGGAGUGCUGCUACUUCCGCGACAAGCUUGACUACCUGGACGAGCGUCAGCGCGACCCCCUCAUCGCCACGUCGCGCACGCUGCACCUCCACGGCGAGCUGCGCAACAACCGUGGCACCAAGCUGUUUGUGCUGCUCUUCGGGGACGUGCUGGUGCUGUCCCGCCCAGCGUCGCGAGGCAACGACGGCUGCUGCUACCAGGUGUACCGCCAGCCGAUCCCCCUGCGAGAUCUCCGCCUCGAGGACCUGCAGGACGGCGAGGUCAAGAUGGGCGGCUCCUUCCGCGGCGCCUUCGGCAACAAUGACAAAGCAGCAAAGAACAUCUUCCGCGUGGGCUUCAAGGACUCACUGCAGGGCCAGUCGCACACCUUGCAGGCACACGACUCUUACAGCAAACAGCAGUGGCUCAACAGCAUCCGCUCAGCCAUCACUGCCCUGGGGGUGGCCGAGCCGGACGACGAGACGUUGGCGCAGCCCGAACAGCCGCCCUCGGGGACGGACGACCCGGAGGGCCUGGGCCCCGUGCCGCCCUCGCCGAUGUCGGUAAGCGACACGCCGCCAUCCCUGUCCGGCACCGGCACGGAGGACGAGCUGUCGCCGUGCAGCAGUGGCAGCCGCCCCGUGUCGAUGGCGGAGGAGGAGGACGACGAGGUUGAGGAGGACGGCGCUCCCAACCACCCCUUCCCACCGUCGGACAGCGACGGCGGCGACGGCGGCAACGGCGGUAGCACGGGGAGCGACUGCGCCGUGUUCUCAGCGUCGGGCGAGCGCGACAGCAGCGACCGCUCUCCCAUCCCCAAGGAGAUGGACGACUCCGAUUCGGACACGAACUCGUGCGGCACGCCGGCCAUGAUGGACGUGAGCCACGGCUCUCGGCUGGACCAACUCCUCGAAGCGGCAGAACGCGAGGCGGCGACGGACAGUCUCGCCGCGGGCGUGGCGCCGUGCGGCGACUCGUCCCUGUGCGAACUUAAAAAGGAGACCACCGUGUGACCGCACGCCCCUGACACGCUCCAGGCGGGGGGGGGGGGGGGGGGGG